UAUUUCUUUCACACGAAGAAAUGCAGAAUAUAUUUUGCAACCAAAACAAAUUUGUUCUUUUAUUUAUAAAUUAAAAUAAAUAUAAUUCUUUAAAAAUAUAUAUUUUUUAUAAAUAUAUUUUUUAAAAAAAUAUAUUUUUAUAAAUAUCGUAAAACUAAAAAUAUAUUUUAACAUUAUUUCUGAUAUAAAUUUAAAUAUUUAUAUAUAUUCUGCAUUAUAGAUUUUAUGAAUGAAAAGAAUGUAAUUCACUAUUCCAUUAAUAAUUUCAGUUUUUAUUUCAUUCAUCAUUUCAUUUUUCUAUUCCACAAAUAGUUAUACUUUUUAUUCAGAAUAUUCCUUUUUAAAAUAAGCAGUUACAACCUAACCUUUUGUUGGGAAUUUUUUUUGGACACAUUCAUGGAUUCUAUUUAGUUACUUAGGCACGUAUAUCUUCAUAGUCAAUUUUUUAUACUUUAUAGAAGUCGUAGACGGCAUGAGAUAAUUACUAGUAAUCUAGUAUCCAUACUUUUAAGGGCUAGGUUGUCACUGAUAAACUCAAUAGGUUGAAAGUAAAAACGAAAAACAAUUAACAAAACCUUCCACUCACAGCGAUCGAUUUUGGAGUAAACAAAGUGAAUUUGGAGUGAUGUUUUUUAUUUUGUACAUAUCAUCAUGAUUGCCAUUGAAACAACCGUAAUGAGGUCUUUUCAACCCAAGAAAGUUUGGAUGAGACAAAGGUAAGUUCGGAAAAGUUAAAGUAACAACUGGAUUAAUUAUGCGAGAUUAAUGGUCAUACGCACUAUUAUUUCGAAGAAAGAUAUUAGAGAGAGAAUUCCACAUUGGAAAUAUGCAAUAGAUUUGAAUAAUAUAUAAGAGAUUUGGACCACUCCACUUACCUUCAAUUAGUUUUAAGUUGGAAGCCCUAAAAAUUUUAUCAUGGUAUCAGAGUGGACCUAACAUCCUGGCUCAUUAAUUCGGCUAGACAGUGCUCCGAUCAUCCUAUUAACUGAUGACCCAUAGAAAGUUCAGUUCCUUCGAGAUUGCUAGAAAAUAAAACAUUGUCUCGAAAGAGGCAUGAUGGAUUCUGCGAGAUUAAUGGUUAUACAUAUUAUUAUAUCGAAAGAAGAUAUUGGAAAUAUGUAAGAGACUUGAAUAAUACAUAAAAGAUUAGGACUAUUCUAGUUACCGCCAAUUAGUUUUAAAUUGAAAAUUCCAGAAAACUUAUCACAAUUCCUUAACUCGUUGAAGUUAUAACAUAUAGAAAAUGAAAAAGAAAAUUAUAUCAUAUGCUGAAUACUUGUAGCCACCUACAUGAAUCAAAGAAAGCGACCAAAAGAUCGGCAAACUUAUGAAAGGGUAACUUCUAGACAAAAGGUUAAACCAUAUUUUCAUGUAGUCAUAUAUUUCAAUCAAACCUGGUCCCGUAUUCUCCUCUACAUCACCUCUCACAUUCUAUUAAUGUUAUUCAACAUUUGCUUAAAUAGAUUGGUUAAGGAACAACGGUUUCAGAUACGCGGUUACGGACGUUUGCGGAUAUGGAUGGUUGUGGUUUAAAGUGUUAUUAAACGAUUUGUCCGAUUGGUAUCAGUUGUUAAAAAUUGUUGACCGGUUAACUAUCAAAUGCAGCAGUGGUUAAAGAUAAAUUAACAAUAUUUAUAUUUUAUAUAAUUGUAAAAAUGUUAAAAAUCAUAUUAUUAUAACAAAUACAAAUUUCUAUUUAUAGAAUUAUAUUAUUAAAAUGUAAAAUUAUAUAAUAUUUUUAAAAAAAUUUAUAAUAUAAACCAAAAAAAAUAUAUAUAUAUUAGUAUUUCUAUUAUUUCAAUUUAAAGUUAUAAUUGAAUAUUUUUCUUUUUAUAUUUAUAUAGUUUAAAAAAAUUAUCUUCCAGCAACCGUCCGUAACCGCAAACGCAAACGCUAGUUAUAACCAACUUUUGAAAUUUGGAGGUUUAAAACAAUUUGAAGUGAUUUAUAGCGUUUUGUAUAAUUGUUGCAACACGCUAACAACUGUUACCAACCGUAAAAAUAGUGUUUGCUGGUAAUGAAAAAACCGGUCGUGCCCUAAAAAACUCUCAUUUAAUUUUUUUUGUUCCUUUUUUUAUAAAAAAAAAAGAUUUCUCUAAGCAACUAAUGUACAAAAAUAUUUGUCACUUUAUUUAUUUACUGCUAGCUGAUUUUAAAUUGAAAACUAAUAACAAAAAAAUAUUGAAUCAGAAACAAAUAUACUGUCGGUAGGUAUAUGCUGUUUUACAAUCACAGUUGUUAUGCUGUUGGAGGUUAUUGUUUAUUUUGUAUUAAAAAUAUUAGUAUUAAAAUAUGAUGUUUAAGUAAAAAACAUAAAAACAAAAAGUUACUUUUUAUAAAAAAUAUUAAAUAUAAAAUUAAAGUAAUUUAAUUAACUAUAAAAUAAAUUUUUAAAAUAUAACUAGUCACAUGGUUUUUAAUAAAGUUGUUAAAAUAGAAUUAAAAAUAUGAAAACUUUUGUAGAUACAGUAUAUAUUAAUGAUUUAUAUUUGAAGCACUAAAAUAUUUUUUAAAACAUUACUUUUUUUUUGAAAAAGUGGAAAGAGUAUAAUCAUUAACGAUUUAAAACUAAUCACCCUUAAUUAAUGGGCUUCACAUGUCUUUACCAAAUUCCUAAGCUUUUUCUGGAGCUAAGGAAAUUAACAUACAUGCAGAAACCAAGGUCUUCUUCCUUUUCUCGAGAAAAUUGGUUGCAGGUGUAUUUAUAAAGAGUUAAAAACCGGAGCUUUCUUGUUUGGUUCCUCUGACUUUUCCAGAUCUCUCUCUCUCUUCUGAGACGUGUCUGAAACUUUUUCAAGAAAUAAUAGUAUUCGUCUUGUUUACCCAAAAAAAAAUAGUAUUCGUCUUCCUUUAUUAUAUAUAAAUAUGCAUCUUCUUUUAAGAGUGAUACUCGGUUUAAACUUUAAAGAUUUAAAUCAGAUAAAUCUCAAAAGUCCAUUAACUAACAUCAAUGGAUAGCGUGACAUUUUCAACUUCUUUUUAGCUCUGUUUUAUUUUUUUGUCUUAAAAUCAAGUUUCUGUGGAGUGAUGAAAAUGGUGGAUAAAACUGAUGAAGAAAAGCAUUUUUCUUGGUGCUAUUUUCUUUUACAUCUGCCAUUGCUGUUUGUUUUUGUAACAGUAAUUCCAUUUGUAGCUUUCCUCUGUUUCUUAAGCUUUUAUGGAUUCUCCUCUCUCCUAGUGACCAUGGCAAUCUUGUUCAUAUCUACUUUUGUUUUCCUUCUGAGAUUUUUCAAAAAAAAAACAAGAGACUAUUUGGUUGAUCGAUCUCAAAAUGAAGUCGAUGAUACUGCUGAUGCUGUUGCUAAUGAUAAUUAUGAUAUUGAGGAGGAGGAUGAAGAUGGUCUCAUUGAGAUUCUUCUUGUGAGUGAAGAAGCAGAGACUAUAGAGGCAACGAGGAACACUAAUCAGAGUCGACAGAGAAUUAGGGUUGAUGAAGAUGAACAAGAAGAGAUAGAUGAUGUGAUUAUGGAAGAAGAUAACCUUAUUGAGAUUGAUCUUUCCAUUGGAUCUAUUAAAAGACGAAGUAAAUGAAAGUUUCAAUAUUGUUUUUGUUUUUUCCUCAAAUGUACAAAGGUAAUCCAGCAUUCUAAUAUUUUGGAGUUUUUUUUGUUUAUUGGUGGUUGAGAUUUAGGGUUUAAUUUAUGAUUUAUAUCAAACUUUUAAAGCAUCAAUUUAUCUUGACUAACCGUUUAUAAAUUUAACAGAGAUUAGAGACGGAGAUUAAUCCCGUUAACUCAAUCUGUUAACCAUUAUAAUGGUGUUUUAAAAGUGGUUUAGUCAAAAUAUGUUAGAAGUUAAAAUGGCUAGUCAAAAUAAGUUGAUGUUUUAAAUGGUUCACCGGAAAGUUCAUAUUUUUUUUCAACCAAAUUUAAAAGUUGGUGAUUUAAGUGAUAAUUUUUUUGGACAUUGGAAUCUUUUUUUUUGGAACAGCCGAAGACACUAGAGUCUAUUUUUCAAAAGAUUUACCUUCUGAUAAGAACAAAUGUCAGAAGAAAAAUACUUCGGUAGAACCGAUAAUUGCAUUCCUUCAAGAUUUCGUAAAAAUACAUACUUGCCACAGAAAAAUAAGGCCAAUAAAUCAUAUCUUCAACAUCACUUGGUAACUAUUAUAGUUCUAGGAUGAGGAAACAUUAACCAUCCUAGUCUUGAGAUUGACACUUUCCCAAAUCGCUUUUGGAUAUAUACAAUCGAAGAACAAAUGGUUUUGAGACUUAGUCUUCGAGCGACAAAAAGAUUAGUAAGUUGAGCAUCUCUCAUCCCAAGCUAACAACAUAUCCAAAACUGGAUUCUGCUCAUGAGAAAUAGGCAGUUACACAUAGAAUAAGUCUGUUAUGAAAAUUCAGAUCUGAUUGCAUCAUUUUGCAUCACUUGAACCAGAUCUUUUGUAAGUUUUAAAUGAUGCUGAGAAUUGUAUUUCAAACGUAUUUUAAAUAUAAAUUCCUGAAUCCCUUCUGACUGACUGAUCAAAAUAAUACUCACUAAUGUUAUAUAUACCAAAUUAAUUAAUUCCUUUACAGUUAUUUAUUUGAAUUAUUAAAUGAUCGAAUACAUUUUAAUUUAUUUUGUUAAAUAACUAAUUUGUCAGAUUCUACCACAUUUAGUUAGAUUCAUGUAUUUCCAUUUAAUAUUUAAUUAUUAUUUUGGAUUUUUUUCCAAUAGAAAUUAAUUAUGUAAAAUUUGUGUGUUUUAGGGAUCAGAUCUAUCUGGAUUUAGCAAGUAUACUCUUUUUAAUCAUUUCUAAUAAAUUAAUUAAUUAUUUUACUAAAUUAGAUAAACAUUUACAGUUAUUUAUUUGAAUGAUCAAAUACAUUUUAAAUUAUUUUGUUAUAUAACUAAUUUGUCAGAUUCUACCACAUUUAGUUAGAUUCAUAUAUUUCCAUUUAAUAAUUAUUAUUUUAGAUUUUUCCAAUAGAAAUUAACUACGUUAUGUUUUUAGGGAACUAUCUGGAUUUAGAGACUAUAUUCUUUUUAACUAUUUUUAAUAUUAAAAUAUUGUUAAAUCAGAAAACAUUAUUUCCCUUUUAAAUUUGUUUCAAAUAAUUUCUAUAUUUUAUUGUUACUCAGAUUAUUGAAUGAUUGAAUACAUUUUGAUUUAUUUGGUUAGAUAACUAAUUUAUUAUAUUCUACCAUAUGGAUUAUGUAAUACAUUCACAUUAUUAUUUAGAAAAUACCUAAGGGUAGCACUAAAAAAAUUUUGAUCACAAAUAUAGAUUCUAAGAAUCAAAAUGAUCAAAAUGUUUCAUUAAAGAAGUAAAUAUACAUUUAUAUCCCUAGAGUUAACGGAUGGAGAUUUGAGAUUGAGGUUUAAAAUUUUAUAAAAUAAAAAAUAAAUCUUAAAAUUUUGAAAAUAAAAAUGGGUAAUUCUCCUAAAUAGACAUUUUUCAAGUUUUGGUCACAAAAAUAGACCACAAGAA